AUGAUCCCUAAGGAGAAGGGGCCCGUGAUGGCUGCCAUGGGGGACCUCACUGGACCAGUCCCUUUGCUGGACCUGGGCAAGAAGCUGAGUGUGCCCCAGGACUUGAUGAUGGAGGAGCUCUCGCUACGCAACAACAGAGGAUCCCUCCUCUUCCAGAAGAGACAGCGCCGGGUACAGAGGUUCACCUUUGAAUUUCCAGCCAGCCAGAGGGCGCUGGUGGACCGAAGCGCCAAGGGAAAGGUGACGGGAACAGCGGGAACAGCGGAGGUUGCCAACGGCCCUGAGGGGCAGAGCUGCAGCUCUGAGCUCCACAUCUUCCGGGCCACGCCCGGGGGCCCCGAGGUGGCCCAGCCCUCAGCCUUCCCUGCGGAACGCCCCCGCAGCCCCAGCGCCCUGGCGCCAGGCUAUGCCCAGCCGCUGAAGGGCGUCCCGCCGGAGAAGUUCAACCACACGGCCAUCCCCAAGGGCUACCGCUGUCCUUGGCAGGAGUUCAUCAGCUACCGGGACUACCAGAGCGAUGGCAGAAGUCACACCCCCAGCCCUGCCGAGUUUCGAAAUUUCAACAAGACCCCGGUGCCCUUUGGAGGACCCCUGGUUGGGGAGACUGUUCCCAGGGGAGGCACCCCCUUCGUCCCAGAGCUCAUCAGUGGCUUAGAACUCCUCUGUCUCAGACCCAGCUUCAACAGAGUGGCCCAGGGCUGGGUCCGCAACCUCCCCGAAUCUGAGGACCUGUAG